AUAAAAACACUAAAAAUUUGCAGUUAUGUCUAAAGAAGAAUUAUUUUCGUUCGAUUUCGAUCUUAAAGGUCAAUUUCCAAAGGAGGCAAUAACCAAAUUUCUGGAAACACAAGUCAAUGUUCUCGGUCUACGUGGUUGGGCGAAAGAAGUGAAACCAGGUCAAAUUAAGGGACACAUUGAGGGCAUUUUGCCAAAGUUGGAUAAGUUCAAGAAAGUCAUGGAGGCCGCAGAAACCUUUGCAGUACAACUAUCGGAAACAGUGUUUACCGAAAUGAAGAAGAUUGAAAAAUACACGACAGAAGCUUUCGAAAUUAAGAAAUAGUAUAAAAAAAAGUGGGAAUACUUAACGUUUUCAAUUACAAGUGGCUGCCAUCUGUAAAAACCGCAGAUUUGAAGUUCUUGAGAUUUUCUGAAGCUGUACCAAUUAUAUGACCUUAACACAAGCAAUAAAAUAGAAACUUUCAACAAAUCUGUUUCCAAAA